AUGGGUUCUCUUGAGAAUCAACUUGCAAGUUACAUUAUUGAUGUUCGUGAUGUUGAUGAAAGGUUCUCCAAUCUAAAAGGGCUUUGUGAUCUUUCGAAAAAAUUAGUUGACAAAGAAGCAUUCAAAUUAUCCUCUUGCAUUGCAAUGGAUACUCAGGCUAUGCAGGUUGGAGAACUCAUUGGACUUGUCAUUGGAGCUGUAGUCACAAUUAACUCUAUUCUUGCCUGGCCUAUCUCAGAGGCAUCAAUGAAUCCGGCAAGAAGUUUAGGAUCAGCAAUUUUAUCAAAUUGUUAUAAUAAACAAUGGAUAUACAUGUUGAGUCCUAUAGCAGGAGCUAUAGCUAGUAUCUGGUUUUACAACAAUAUGAAGUCCGUUAAGCCAUAUGAUGAAGUCACUAAGUUUGUACCCUUCCUUAGAGGUUAG